UUGUGGUUGUGCUGUCAAAGUUACUCAUGAGUUUACAGCCUUCUUUAUGAAUUUAGAUGCAGUUUUAGGGAAGAUUUUAUGGAGAAAAGUUUAGAAGCAGUUGGAGGAAUGAAAAGUUUAGCUGCUUCUUUCUCCUUGAGGGAGGAACGUUGUCAAGGUAUGUCCUGUCAACCGGUUCGAUAGUAGGAAAGUUUGAGACAGAGACGAAGGUCUACGUUGUGCUUGCCAACCUGGCAGUGUUUUUGUUCAUCUUGAUGUAAGCUUUGAAAUAUUAAUAGACAAGCAUCCGUAGGGUCACUUUGAGGGUUAGCGGGUUUCAGCCAUAAUUAGCGCGCAGGAGAAAGUUGUUAAUUUCAUCGCAUCCUUCCCCUGACUUUUCUCCCCAGCGCGGCCAUUAACUCGGUAGACUUGUACUCAAGACUGGAUUUGGGACAUGACCUAGUACGGUGGAAUCUAAGCCAAUAUUGAGCUCAGUUACAUUUUCAAAUUUUCAGGGCCCAUUUGCUCUCGUUACAUACUGAAGGUUUAACUGUUGACUUCGUUUUGUUGGGUUUUAACUUGUGCAAGAAGCCGGUCUCCUGUUGAGCUUCGCAUUGAGCAUACUAGUAUUUUAUUUUCGCGAAGCAAACCGAGCUGCAAUAGUUUGAAAACUUUGCAUGCGCGUGAUGGCUGCUGAAACAACUGGCGUUUGGUGCCGAUUUUUGCAGUCAGAACUAAUUGAGCGAUGGUUUUAUUCCGAAGCUUUCCGUCUUUGGUGAAAAGUUUUGAAUUGAAUAAUAACAAUUGUUAUUGAAAAGAAAACAGCGUGAAAGUCGCUCCAAAUCAACAUUGAUCCUUAACGUUAAUUAUGCAUUUGUAAUAAACCACAGACAGUGUGUUCUUGGGCAAUAUGCUGAGAACCUUAUACGGUUAUCAUUGCAGCUUGAUUUUAUUUUCAUAUCUACUUCUAGGCAUAACAUCCGUACUCCAUGGAAAAAUAAAGCUGGAUUCGUGUUAGGCGGACGAGAAUCAUGUCUCAAUAUCCUCGAAAAGACGGCUCGGCCUCCGGAAGAACUAUUCCACAUACAAGAAUUGAGGACGAAAGACAGAUAGAGGACAUCUACGAAUUUGGAGAAAUUCUUGGUAAAGGAAGCUUUGGCGUUGUUAAGGAAGCCACCAACAGAGCAACGGGUCGUAGAUGGGCCAUCAAAGCCGUGAACAAGGAAAAAGUAAGAAAUUGAUAUCGUUUAAACUUAACAUCAAGUGCGGCGGGACUCAAGCUUGUUGAAAAGCAACCGUUGAGUUGAACGAGAAAUUGUUUUUUUUUAAGUCGAAAAUUCUGUAGAACAGUCUGUAGAACUUGCAAGACAUUUAAUAUUAAAGCUGUCUGUCAAGUCCCCAAUAUCUUAAUCAUGGAUUCAUAUCAAGGGUAUUGUUUUUAAGCUCUUUAGGUAAUGCUGUUUGGCACUUAGGUUUCCGCUAUAUGCGUCCUUUUCGUGAAUUAUAAAAUGUGAUAUUUGUGCUGGUAAGGCUGACAAAUUGAACUAUGCCAUAUUUCUUAAGCCAAGUAACAAGUGAUAUAUUAGUUAACCCAAUUUUGAUAAUCACCUAUUUUUCCAAGCUCAGCAGCUAUUUUUAGUGUGAAUGCAUGUGGUAUCACAGCUGAAAAUUAUUUUAGCUUUCACCUCUUUUAAACUUAUAAUUACACUUACGUCAUCUAGUAAUUUAUCAUCGUAGUUAUCGAACCUAAAGAGAGGUCUUUAUUGUUAACACUUGACUUCAACUGUGCAAGAAUCUUUUCAAUAUGUUCUUUGUUUUGAACUUCCUACUGUGAUUUUUCUUUACUCCUUGGCAUGUCACUGAUAAAAAUUUGUUUUAGAAGGGAGUAGAAGUCUGUACCUUAGUCAAGACCAGUUUAUAAUGGUUAAAAUGAUUAAUAUUAAUGGUGCAUUGCCAUAGAGACAGAACUGUUAUUAAUUUACUGUCUCUUUCUUUUGGCUCACAUACUAGAAGCUUCCUGAUUACUUGUAGUCAAGGUAGUAUUCAGUAGAUAUCCAUUGUAACUAUUAAGAAUUGUAUUAUAUAUAUCGGGCAUUGUUUCAGCGACUUAACAGUUCUAAAAUUAUCCAUCUCUUUUCUGCAAGCUUCCAGUUUCCUUGUUGCUAAGGCAGUAUUUGAUAGACUGUCAAAUUGUAUUAGUAAUGAUUAUAACGGAUGGCAUAAGGGAAAAAAUGCCACAUACCCCCUGUAGGCUAAUCUCCAUGUCCAUUCUUAACCCUUUAAGCCCUAAGAGUGAUCAGCAUCAAAUUUCUCCUUGUAAUAUCACAGCUUUAUAAAACAGAGUGGUGAUGAGAAUUAAGGACAUGAUCACACAAGAUGAUUCUAACUGAUACUUCACCAAAUUCUCCCCACUACUUCUAUUUGAAACGUACAGGGACAACAAAUGAGAAUUUGAAUUUUGAUGUCAGGGUUUAAAGGGUUAAUAAUGAUAUAAAUAUCAAUAUUGAAAUUUUGAUUUGUGGGAUUUCUACUUAGGUCAAAUAAUAUGCUGUUUGUUUUACUUGGGUGACAGUUCCUUACAAACGUUAAAAUGUAAUAAGGUGGUUAACAUGGAUGUUUUUUAUGCCAUUUGCACAAGACAAACAUAGUCAACCCUCUAUUCAGUGGUUACCCUCAGCAAGUAGUCAGGUGACUGCGUAAUAGAGGUUAAACCUCUAUCGUGACCAUUAUGAAGAGGCCUAACUUGCACUGUGGUCACCAACUGGCUCAGAGCCUUGUAGGCAUCGUUCGUUGACUAUUUGUGUUUUAUCAGCCUGGGCAUCCAUUGUUUACUGUUGUGUCAAGAUGUCACACCAUUAUCUAACUAAGUGACCUACAAUAAGAGGCAAAAUACAAUAAAAUAAGCCAGUCCACAGGGUAACUGCAUAUGCCUAAUAGAAGUGACUGGUCAAUAGUCGUCAUUUUUACAGUUAAUGUGGGAAGCACAUUGUGGGAAAUAGACCAUUUUCAAUAUAUUAAAAUUCAUACUCGGCUUCAAUGCUUGGGGGAAUAAAAAAAAGAAAUGUAUUUAUUCAUUAUUGAGCCUCAAGAUGAUUUCUUUUCUGUUAUUCUGCCAAGUCUCACAGCCAAGUAUGAAUUUUAAUAUAUGGGAAUUGGUCUCUUUUCUUCGGGUAAGGUAGUAUGCAGAAUUCAUGUCCACAAAGAAUCCUAUGACAGGAGCUUUAUCUGCAAAGAAUUGAUUACUUCCUUCAAACCUUUCAUAGGCAACUUUCAUAGUCCUUAGCAAUAAUUUUGUGAUCAGCUUGCCAGAUUCCCAGUAUCAGCAAAUCACUUUAGACAGAAGCUGUAUUAAGCAGCAAACCAUUGCCUUGUGAAAGAUUGUUAAGUUAUGUCAACUGUAAGUGUGAACAUUUGAUAUCCUGUGAGGAAAGUUAAGUUAAAUAAUAUCAGGUGUGGAUCUACAACGGUUUCCGAACUCAGUCAGAUUAUUUAUAAUAAAUAUAUUUUAAUAAAAAAACUUUCCAAGUCGAAAUAUGGAAAAUUUUUUGGAUUUGUAAAUGUUUUUUUUUCCUUUUGUUUCCCAAUUCCGUGCAUUAGUCAACCUAAGAAAGGGAAUUUUAGGGAGUUAAAAUGUAAAAAAUUUCCCAGAAGAGCAUGCCCACAGAUCCCCCUAGAAGUUUGUGCUCAUUUAGGAAAUCAGUCAGUAUUUUUUUAUCCUUGAUCUGUGCCUGAAUAUUGAACUUGAUUUUGCUCAUUCCUUUCUUAGGCUGGUACCUCUGCAGUUAGACUCUUAGAACGAGAAGUUUUAAUUAUGAAAAAGAUUGACCAUGAGCAUUUAAUUCAUUUAGAAGAGAUCUAUGAAACAUCAAAGGUGAGUAAUCCUGUUGUGACUUUGUAAAAAAAUCAAAUAAUAUUUAAUUGUCAUGUUGAGAGUACAGUAUGGCUAGUAGAGGAGGUACAUUUUGGCCUGAUCUGAAAUAGCUUUGCAUAAAUGGGCUCCAAAGUUUGUUUGGAAAUGCUGUGGUUGAUUGCAAAAGUUAUUUUGAUGUUGCCACUCUUAUUAAGAGUUUUGGGUGAUUUUCAUUUUUAGGCCAUAGUAAAAUGAAAAACCUUUGACAUGGUACAUUAUUUUAUUGUUAUUUUUUGGCUCUAGCCCUAAAAAGAACAAAAUCAGAUUUUAUAACUUGAGUCACCUCACAUUGCCAUUAUAUGGCUGUUAAGCCCAUUCACAAUCCAUUCAUCCAAUGCCAUCUGACAUACUGUCAGAGUUAUGUUCUGUUGGGAUCAACCAUUUCAACCAAAACCAGUUUUAACUUGGUUUUGCAUGGAACACUUUUUCAACAUGGUUCUGUCUGAGUAUUGUUUAAUCCCAGACUACUUUGAUGCACAUGCAAACAGUUCAUUUACCGAAACAAUGGUCCAAAGUGUAAAUAUCGAUGCCUGCUAACAGAACAGCCAAGGUCUGAACUGGUUGAAAAAGUUAAUUGAUCAAGCUGAUUGAAAAGUCCAUUUGAAUUACUGGAUCUUAGAGUUAGGGGAAGUUAACAACUGCAUUGCUUAGUGGAGGUGGGUGCCCGGGAUGUCCAGGGGCUUUCACCUUUGGCACAGGCAGCCCCUAGACUGAGUUAUGCCCCAAUGGCUGGCAAAACCGCAUCCUCCAGCCAUGAUCCCCCAUGCCAAUGGAACCAGGCAACUGUCACACUGAUUUAUCAGUGGAAAAAUAAAGGAGGAGGGGAGGGAUGAGGCUUAAAGAAAGUUCCAAACUAGGCUAAACGAAGAGAAUGGCCACCAGGAAAACACUGUACUGAGCACAUGAAGGUAAUGCAAGCAAGGCUGACUGUGCUUGAGCUAAACCACUGACCACUGACCACCCACGCUCCUUGUUGUUUACUGUGUUAAAGAAAUUUAACUUCAUUAAAUGGUACAAAUGAAGCCACAAGACAUCAUACUCUGCUAAUGUGUAUGGUGUUCCAUGCAGACUGUAUUUUUUUAAAGUUUUAAUUUAUAGGCAUACAUUUGUUUACAUUUUCAGCGUAUGUAUUUGGUAAUGGAACUUUGUGAUGCUGGUGGUGUGCAAAAGCUCUUAGAACAAAAGAAACAGUUUUCAGAAAAGGUUUGUAUCCUUGACUAAUUUUAACACUGAGGUUAGGUUGUUGUUCAAUUUUAUCCUUGUUUUGAAAUUAGGAGCAAUAUUUUUUGCUUUCCAACUCAUUAUCAGUACCUUGCCAUAACCCCCCAAAAUAAAAUAAAAUAAAAUUCACACCAAGGAUAAUCACUAUUUCAAAUCUGUUUUUUUUGUUAGGUUACCGGUAAUUUGUUAUGUUAAGUGUGGCUCUAGCUAACAUUGUUCAUAAAAUUUCAACAGUUAAAAAGGAAGUUUGAAACCUUUUAUUGUUUUAAAUUUUAUUAUUAGCACUAGUUACAUUUUCAAACUUCUUCAUACUAAUUUUCUAAUGAUAUCACUGUUUAAAUUUCAGGAAACUUGGACGGUGAUAAAACAGUUGGCACAUGCUGUGGCAUACCUUCAUGAUUCUGGUAAUUGUUGUUUACCAACUAGGUUCUUGGUCUUCAUGUAAUUUAGCAUCACUCAUCUUAUGAUUUAGCUUUAUUCUUAUGGCAUAGAUCAUUUUAUACCCCAAGUUGACAAAACCCCCAAGAAAAAGGAAAUAAUAGCACACUUACAUGUACUUGUAACAUCACAACAGUCACAACAUUGAAAAAACUGUGUUGAAUUCAGAGAGUGCAUGCAACUUGUGUAAAAAAGGGAGUGUGUCCAAGUAUACAUCUAACUGUUGUUUGUUUAAAACAUCUUUUAGAUAUAGUUCACAGAGAUUUAAAAUUGGAAAAUAUUCUUCUCAGUCAACCUGUUGGAAAUGAACUGCUCAAUAUUAAGGUGAGGAUAUUAAAAAAAUGUUACUGUUAGGCAAUACAUGCAUCUCCUGAAAUAGAGAAAAGCAAAAAUGUAUAUGGUUGGAUUUAUUUUGAUGUCUUAUCAGUCUAUCAUGUAAUCAGUUAGGCUAGUCAGUGUAUAUGACCUUGUUCACAUGUUUUUGUGAAGUCACAUUGUCAUUUAGUACUACUUUAGUCCUGGACACCUAAGAUAAGAACUAUUAUUUUUGAGCUUAGCAUUGCUGAAGCGGAGCAAAUGAAAAUAUGCCAAUGUUGUUUAACCAGUUAUAAUUUUGGUCAAUCCCUUGAUCACAUUACAGAGUUUGAUGAUGUCAAUAAGAGCCGGUGGCGGGCGACAUCCCCCUGCUAUUUACAUGAACUUGCCACCUACGUUUCUUUGGAACUUACCCCCAAAAGCCAAAAUUUAAUGAUGUCUGUGUUCUGUUGAAACACUCUAAUUUUUGCUGGAACCGAAUGCUGGAAAUGAGGCCCUGAUUUUUCCAGUGGGCAUGCCCCUGGACUCGCCCUGGUACUUCGUGCUUUCAGUGAUAGUUGCAAGUUGCAUCUGUUGCACGGGUUUUUUCCUUCUUCACCUACUUAAAGCCUUAUUGAAAACUCAGCAUUAGGCAUAUUUAUUUUAGAAAUGAUCGAACAGAAAGGACUGGUGCUUGUGGAACUUGUUUCAGAUCUGCAUGUGCCAUUGUUGCUGCUGUUGUGUUUUCUUUGUAAAACUGCCUCCUUGCUAAAUAGCUCUCUUUACCUUAUUUCUUUUCAGGGUGUGGUUUUAACCAUUUAAGCCAUCCACAUACAAAUUGUCCAGACUAAGCUCCGUAGUUUUCCUUAAAGUAUUAGCUGAGAGAAUAUGAUCAUACAAGAUUAAUUUCCUUUUGCUGACCAUCUUACCAGUUCUCAUAACCUUUUCUGUCAGAUUAUGCAGUGAUAAUGUUAUGAGAAAAUUGAUGUUGUUCACUCUUGGGACUUACUUGUACAGUUAAACACUUAUCAAAUGAACCAAGACCCCGACAGUUUGUUGGCUUUUUAGACAAAGGAGAUUCAGAUUCUAAGAAUAAUUAUUUAUUGAUGUGAUGUUGGCAACAACAUGUUACUAAAAGUGUUUUAAUUUGUUUGAACAUCAUUACUUUCUUGAGCAGCUGACAGAUUUCGGCCUUUCAUAUGUGAGAGGUGGUGUUGGUAGUGACUCUAUGAUGCAAAGUGUUUGUGGCACUCCAAUUUAUAUGGGUAGGCAAUAAAUUGUGUGAAAUCCCUUUUCAGUGUUUCAGGAUUUUCAACAUUUCAGAAAUUUGACAAAAUUGACUGUUCUUCAUUUAUUGUAUAUACUCUUGUUUUCUAUUUCUUCUUGUGUCACUUGAAAAAAAAAUUGCUUAAAACCUGUUCCAAUUUGGUUUUCUUUCUCUUUAUACACACUGUCUCAGCAUGUUUAGUCAUAAUGGUUUCAACCUGUUCAAUUUGUUUAUCCAUGAAUUCCCAUAAAUUUUUUUUGUGCACUUAUAUAAGAUUGAAGGUAAAAGAUAAGCAAGAUAAGCAAUAACUACCCCUUAGACUAAUACUGGUUGCUGAGAUUUGUUUUAUCUAAGUAUGUUACUUAUCCUUUUUUCUUGUGUCAUAGCUCCAGAGGUGAUAGAUGACCUCGGUUACAGUCAACAGUGUGAUAUUUGGAGUUUAGGUGUAAUAAUGUAUACUCUGUAAGUUUGUUUGUCUGAGCUUCCAGAUUUACACUAUUUUUACAGUCAACUCUCUCUUAAUGUACCAUCUAUUUGACAGAUAUGUCCCUCCCUGGAUUAUUUAGAGCUGUUUACAUGGAGGGAGGAAGAUCCUUAGCUAUCACUAGGACGAUCCUAGAAGGUGGAUCAUCCUAGUGCCACAUGUUUUCUGAAUUUGAUUUUCAUGCAAAGGGUUGUACUCUUUCCAAGUGCUAGGAUCUUCCUAGUACUAGGUUCUUCCUCUCUGAGUCGAGUAUUAGGACUACUGCAAGUAUUAGGAAGAUCCUAACAUCAUCCAAACUACCUUUAUUAGGAAGAUCCUAGUACUAGGGACAAAUGGGACAAAAAUGGCAGUGGGUUGUUCAGUGGCUAAUCACAACAAUGAAGGCCACCUUACCACAAGCUGAUUAUUGUGAUAAUUGCGCUGAAAGGUACUUAGAGAGCAGAAGGGCCCAAAUUGCAUUUUUGUUUUUGACACACACCAUUUUUUAAUUUCUUCUUAAGCCUUCUCUACUUGGGCAUGACAUGGACCAUAAUUUCUGCUUGUAGACCCAACAUAAAGUUGUUCUGCCUUCUAGGAUCAUCUUAGUACUAGGAUCGUCCUCCAUGUAAACAGCCCCUUAGAGUUGUUCCCAUCUGUUCCUUUGUAAUAGUGCCUUUGCAGCUCAGGGUCAUGAACCUGUCUUUUGCCAGAAUUACGGGAUACAACCCUAACAAUACUGAUACCAGAGGCUGAAAGAACAAAGAACAAAACAAAUAGUGGGUCUGCCAAUUUUUAGGUUUCAUACUCUUCACAGUGCAAUUUUAUGGUGUUGAUGAUUUAAGUAACUAAGAAAAUGUUAUGUGCGUCAGUGGAAAAUGUGCAGUCAAGCAUUUUUUCCAUACUAAUCUUUUUAAUUUUGCAGACAUCCAACACCCCUUGAAAUCUUAGUCUUUUGGUUAAUCAUCUCAAAAUUGGCUUUCUAGCAAAUUUGCUCUUGCUCUUUUCAUCUCUUGUAUUGUUUACAUGUUAGUUGUAUCCCAUAAUUUUCAUGUGACUGCAAGCUGCAAAGGGCCUAUUGUGCUUUUAUCAUCAUCAUCCUUUGGCUUUCCACACUCUGUACCAGUCUCACAGCUCUUGUAGUCCCUCAUGGCAGAUCCCAGACGGGGAAUAUUUAAUAUGGCAGACACUUCUUGAAGAAUUAUAUUGGUGUCUUUCAUUUAAGCAACCCUCCAAGUUGCGACCCUUUUGGUUGCCACGGCACCUAAAAUUUUGGAGCUGGCAUCUUGAUUUGUAAAAAAGUCUCCCUAAACCAAAAGAGUUGGUGGCCAAAAUGGCAACCAAGCUAAAACUUUAACUUGGAGGGUUGUUAAGUGAUGGUGUAACAACAUAAUCUUUCAACAUGCAUUCAUUUUGUAAUUUGAGUGCAAAUUCACCCAGUAUGUAGUAUUGUGUUUUAGUGAUCAGUGGUUUUAUAACUCACUUCUUGUCUUGUCCACAGUUUAACAGGGAGACCACCAUUUGUGGCAGAAACUGAAGAAAAGCUCUAUGAGUUAAUUAAAAAGGGUGAAGUGGAUUUUUCUGACCCUUGUUGGGAAAACAUUCAAGAGUCUGGUAAGAUUAUUGUAGGCGUACAGUCAUAUGAUAAACCAGAAGAUUGAAUUUCAUUUGAAAACAUGUCAAGACUGGUAUUUCCUUGAAUUCUUCAGUUGUUGAGUUUUGAAUUGUUAAAUUUACAGCUAAGAACUUUCUUCUUGGAAUGCUCAAAGUUGAUCCAGCAUACAGGCGCACAGCAAAAGAAAUCUUGAACCAUCCCUGGAUCACAGUAAGUACAGUAGUACUCAACUAAUUUGUAUUGCUCUUCAUCUGUUUUUGUUUACGGUGGCUUAUAGCAUAUCAUAGUUGUCUUGUAGGUUUUCUCUCUUCUGAUUCAAAGAAAACGUAGAGUGAGUGUCAUCACUUGAGUCCUUAACACUCAACACUUGAUUGGUUUGAAACAAUCUUAAAUGAAUCAAUACUCAACAAGAAACUUUGAAUCCUAUCGAUAAAAUCCUUUUAGAACUACUAAAAAUAAAUGUUCUAUACUUUUUCAAGGACGUAAAAUACGGAACUCCCUACAGAUUGAAAUCAAAGUGGCUUCAAGCUUUUAUACGUUCAAAUGCCUCAUAAAAACAUUUCUUACAAACAAGCAAAAUAAUUGAACAAUGCCUUGUCUUUGCAAAACUUACUUAUAUAGUUGAGGCUGUAUUUAAAUGCAUUACUCUGAGAUUAUCUAUCUUAUCUAUGAACAGACCUUGAUCAUAUUAUAACCUUUAUUAUAGCUUCUUAACGAUCUCGACUAUUUUACCUGUAAGUACUUUACCAUUUCCCAUCAAACUAUUUUAAUUUUCUUUUGAUGCUGUCUAAAAUAUCUACUAAUUAUGCUAAAACCAUCUGGUAUGCCUUUGUACCGUACUCCAAGACUAUUUUUAGCCCAAUUUUUUUUUUUGGUUAUCCCAGUCAAUACGUAACUGUGUGCCUAAAGGAUAAGCAAGUUGCAGUUUAAACCAAGAACACCGUACUGCUGAGUACUAAAAGUAUUUUUGUAACAGUUUUAACUGAAUUUCCCUUACCAAUGGCUUUGGUUAGUUUUAAAAUGUCUUCUCUUGAAUGCUUUUGCAGUGGACAGUAGAUCAACGUAAUAGAUUAACUGUUUUCGUUUCAAUUGGUCUAUUUUCAGGGUGAUUCCGAAGCCUCUGAAACGUCAAAUGUUCUUGAAUUAAUGAAAAUGUACAGAGAAGAACUCAGACAAGUAAGUAUACUGCUCAACUUGACCAUUAUUAUUGGUUUAUAUUAUAUUUUUGGUGUAUUAUUUGUCGGUUUUACGCAGUUUAAAUUCAAGUGACCUCUGUUUGAAAUUUUUAUAACUCCUUGAGGAUUGCUGCCCUUGCUAAUGGUCUUUUAAUAAUCUAUAUUUUAUCAUUAUAUAACAUUACGGAGCAAGAAGUGGCACAGUUAGUUAGUGCGCGGCCUUCAGUCUGCGAGGUCCCGAGUUUGAUCCCUCGUAGCAUCACGUCCUUGUCUCAACUUCUCUCCUUUUUGUGUAGCUUUGACAAGCUUUAAAUACUCUUGAAACGGAGCAUUGAUGGAGAGAGGGGGGUAAAAUGAGCGCACAGUCGACCUCCUGUUUAUCACGCAGUUAUUACUGUCACGAGUUAUCGACGUAAAAUAUAGUUGCUUUAGUUACCUUUUACUUUUAUUACAGGGGUCGGAAAAUCAAGAACAGGAGGCCAAUAAUAAUAUCAGCGAAAUGGAAGAUGGCCUAGCCCCAUCUCCAGGAGCUUCUUCUGACAGUCCUAAAGAGGUAGGGAACCUAAACAGACCAGUAGUGUUGAAAGGGGGAAGAGGGGUUUCCGUCCCUAAAGAAAGCGUAGUGCAGCUGCAUCGGGAGAUGGAGAGGAGGGGACGGGAGGGGGGAGGGGCGGCGGGAAAAUAGAAUUUGUUUGUGAAUCAUCAUCAUCAUCUUUAUUUAAAAACACGGUAAAUACAUCAGGCAUUAACAAUUUAAUAUAACGCUACAACUUAAAUACGAAACUGUGUAUACAGAUUAAUAUUCUAUAAUUUAAAAUAUUGCUAACUAUUAAGGAAAAGUAAACUAAAUUAAAGCCUGUUUUACAUGAAUGCCGUGUCGGAAUUAAUUAAGAAUCGUCGGAAAUUAGUCAGAAAUGUUGCUUGCCUAGCAGCUGAGGGUAGACUGUUCCAGAGGACUGCACCACUAUAGGCAAAGCUAUUUUUGUAAUGGUUAGUACGCGGCAAUGGUAUUGCAAGCUUAUUAUCAGAAUCGCGCAAAUUGUAAGAAGUAAUCACAUCACUCCGUUGAAUGAAUUUCGAGGACAAAUAAUUCGGUGCGAGGCCGUUUAAGGACUUGUAGACCAUCUCAGCCUUUAGUUUUUGACGUCGAGUUUCUAAAUUGUCCCAGCCUAAUUCUUUAAGCAGUUGGUUGGCGUCAGCAUCAUAACUAGAAUGGGUAAGGACGCGGACAGCACGAUUUUGAAGUCUCUGUAAUUUGUCAGAUAAUGUUUUGGCACAGUUACCCCAAACAACACUACAAUAGUCGAAGUGUGAUUGGACUAACCCAUGAUAGAUAUUAUGUAGAGUUGCAGGAGGAACACAGCGACUUAUUCGUUUAAUAGAUCCAAUACCAGAAGAGAUUUUUUUAGAUAUAGCGUUGAUAUGAUUACUCCAUGUUAGAUUUUCAUCAAUUAAUACACCAAGAGACUUGGUAAAAUCGACUCUGUUUAAUUGUGUGCCAUUAAUUUCUAAGUCUGGGAGAACGGAUAGACUAUUCAAUUUUUGUCUUGAUCCGAUUAACAUAAAUUCAGUUUUAGUCAUAUUGAGAGUCAAUUUAUUGGCAAUGAGCCAAUUGUUUAUAUUUAACAAGUCCUGAUUUAAAGAAGCUUCAAGGGAGCAGAUGUCAUUGUCAGCAUAUGUUAGGUGAGUAUCAUCCGCGUACAUUCUUGGUUGCGAGUUAGAUAAACAAUUAGGUAAGUCAUUAAUGUAUAAGAGAAACAGCAAAGGCCCUAGUAUUGUCCCCUGGGGAAUCCCACAAGUUAAAGUGCAGCUUUUAGAAAGGACACCAUUGACAGAACAUUUUUGCGUACGAUUUUCUAAGUAAGAAGAAAGCAAUUUGUAGGCAAUUCCUUUGACUCCAUAUAAACAUAGUUUGGAUAAUAGAAUAGAGUGAUCGACUGUGUCAAAUGCCUUUUUUAGAUCUAAAAAGACAACAGCGUUAACAUAGCCACGAUCUAUGUUAAAGGCCCAAUUAUCAGUGGCUUCGAGCAAAGCGGUUACAGUUGAGUGAAAGGAUCGAAAACCAGACUGAUAUUUUGACAAAAUAUUAUUUUCGGAUAAAUAGGAAGAAAGCUGAUUAUAAACUAUUCUCUCGAAGACUUUUGCUAUUGCUGAGAUCACAGAAAUUGGGCGAUAAUUGUUCAUAUCACUUCUAUCGCCCUGCUUGAAUAUAGGCGUAACUUUGGCUAACUUCCAGUCAUCAGGGAAUGUGCCGGUAGUUAAACAGCAAUUAAAAAUAAUCGAGAUAUAUGGUGAAAUAAGGUCAGCACAUUCACGAAUAAGCCGACUUGAUAGUUUAUCGAGACCAGCCCCUUUAGACUUAUUUAGUUUAUUCAGUAGUUUUAAAACCUGUCCACUAUCAGUAGGGCGGAACUCGAAUCUAUUGUUAAUGCCGUUGACAUAUUUCCGAUGGCAGUGGUCAUUGUUAUUAGAUAAUGGGAUGUCAUUAGCAAGUUUAGGUCCUAUUGAUGAGAAAUGAUCAUUGAAAGCAUUCGACAAGUCGGAUGGUUCAGAUAUAGAAGUACCAUUUAGAUUUAUUUCUCUAAUCGAUAAAUUAGCGGCUUUACGAGAUGUAAGAUCGUGGAUGAUUUGCCACGUUUUACGCGGGUCGCCAUUAGUUUCAGUAAACUUAUUGCUGUAAAAUAAUUCUUUAGCAGCUUUAAUUUCAGUAUUAACUUUGUUACGCAUUCUUUUAAAAUUGGCCCAAUCGUGCGGAUCAUUCGACUUGAUUGCUUUGAUCUUUAAUGUGUCACGAUUAUGCAUGCGUUCUUUCAAAUCAGCAGUAAUCCACGGAGAAUUUUUAGAUCUAACGCGCUUAAUUCGAAUUGGAGCAUGUUUGUCAACAAUUUGUAAAAAUUUGGUUUUCCACUCUGUCCACAUUUGGUUGGGAUCAAGAGCUGGAGCCAAAAAUUCCCAGUUCUCAUUGCAGAUAUCGUUACGAAAUUUGGCACGAUUGAAAGUUUUAAAGUUUCUGUACGUUAUUGAAGUGUGACCCUUUGGGAAGUUAAUGGAAAGUUUACGAAACGCAUAAACAAGACUGUGAUCACUAAUACUGAUAUGGGCGACUCCAGAGCAGACUACCCUCUCAGGACAAUUUGUAUAAAUUAAAUCAAUCAGAGUAGAUGAUUUAUCUGUUAUCCGAGUAGGCUCAGAAAUGAGUUGGCGGAGGCCAUAAAUAUCAGCAAUGUUUAUUAGCUGACGGACAUUGUUGUCGUAAUUGGUUGAGGCCAUAUCGGCAUUCAUAUCACCAAGUAGGAAAAAUUCAAGAUUUGUUAGGUCAAGUCUCGCAAUAAGAUUUUCCAAAUGUGAGAAUAGCCCAAUCGGAGAGUUAGGAGGCCUAUACCAAUUGACAACAAUAAAAGGUUUAGAGUUCGGCUUGCGAAUUUCGAUACACAGGUUUUCAAGCUCGUCAACAUUGAGAUCAGUCCGCACGGAGAAAUUUAUUGUUGAUUUAAUAUAAAAGCAUAUACCUCCGCCACCAUCGCUAAGCCUAUCUCUUCGAAUUAAUUCGUAGCCACAGAUAUAAAAAUCAGCGUUAUUAUUAGACGCUCCUAGUUUAGUUUCCUGAAUAGCAAGAACAUCUAGGCACUUAUCGGCAAGCAAAAUUCUAAUUUCAUCAAUAUGCGUGGAGAGUUUGUUAACAUUUAGUGAAGCUAACUUAAAUCCUCGUUUUGAAGGAAUGUGAUUGUUAAUAAUGGAUCUCUGCUGAUCCAAAGUUGAUUGAGUCGAUAUGCAAUUAUUGUAGCUAUUGAUAUGAGAUUCAUAACAAUCAAGACGAUCGGCAUUCGAGGAAACAGUUCAAUGAUGAUUAGCUUCCUUGGCUGCUAAACAUGAUGCAAAGUUUUUAUAUAAUAGUUCGUUACCUUGUUUGGUUAAAUGUAAACCACCUCUGUUUAAGACUUUCUCCGUGAUGUUGGAGUGGCGAACCAAAGACCAUUGAUGCUGCUUGGAAUAUUUAAUGAGGAGCUUGUUAACAGAUUUUACUGAUUCUUUGUGGGCAUCUUUGCGCGUAGUUAACUCAGAUAAUACAACCUCGGCUCCACAGGUAGAUUGAAUGGUUUUGGCAAGAUCCACAAUAGCGUUUGCAAUAUCAUCUGGUGCCUUGGAUUUUAAAUCAUUUGUCCCGAUAUGUAAACAAAUCCUAUCUGGAGCAUUAUCGAUUGUUGGCUGGAUAUAAGACUUCAUGUCUUGUGUCGUGGCUCCGCUAAAAGACUUCACUACAACUCGUUGGUUGGUUUCCUUACCUAACUUGUAGCCCUGGAGAUUUUGGAUAAUCGAGUCUCCUAGAAUUACCGUAGUUUUAGUACUUGUCAAACUCUCUGUGGGGAUAGAUGGAGUAGAAGUUGAAGUUGUGUCGUCAACAACAUGGACAUUUCCAUUUCCAUUCUCUUUAGGUAAAGAAAUUGAAUCGCUCGACUUGUAGUAUAAAUCUUUAGAAAGGAGUUUAACGACUAAUUUUAGGGACUCUCGCUCUUCUACUAGCCCAUUGCUGCGCUCUUUUUCUGCAAUUAAUUCUCGUCUUAGGCUAUCGUUUUCUUGUCGAAGUUUGUUGAUAACAGAUUCUGAGGUGUCGACAAUCGUCUGAGGAGUCGAUAGGCAAUUCAAUAGCGACUUGAUGGUUUUCAGCUCGUCUUUUAAGCUAGUUAUUUGAAUGUUAAAGUAAGAAGCAUAAGGUCCUUCGAGUAUAGAACUGUCCAAGUUGAUAGUAGGUGGUUGAUAGGUCAUGGUGUUGUCAUCAUCAUCGCCUUCUUCAUCGCUGGAGCGGGAAGCUUCGACGUCAUCUUGUUCUACAGAUUCGGGUGUGACGCUGUCAUUUGAGUUCACAGAGCAAGCCAAAUUGACCAGGUCUGCUCUUAAUUGGUUGGCAUUUUCUUUCCCUUGUAUCUGAAGUGUUUUAGCCUUGAUGUAGAAGUUGAAAGUCAUCCCUUUAACUUUCAUUACCGAACACGUUCCGUUGUCUUUGACUUGGAUAUCACUACUUUCGACUUGCAACUGGGACGACAGAAAAGUUAAUAAACUCUCCUUCGUACCCUGCCAUUUUAGUUGGUCUUUUGAGGAAGUGUACGAUAGAAGAGUAGAGGCCAUUUAGCAUUUAGAAUUUGGUAAAAUGCAUGAUACAGCUCUUUUAAACCCUGGGAACGAGGUUGCAGUAAUAGCUAUUUACGAUAACAUACCAAGUACUGUUCCUGAGUUGCUUGUCGUUCAACGAAUAAAUUAUUUGAAAGUGUAUAUAUUCAGUUUCGUGUCUUCAUCAACUACGGGUAUACGUGUAUUACGAACUCACAAAGUAACCAGCUCUGAGUUGACUUUGUAGCUCAGUAAUAGACCGCUGCACCGGUAUCACGUAGGUUGUGGGUUCGAAUCCCGUUCAAGCCAGAACGUUUUUCAGACUUUCUUUUCGCAACUGCUUUAGUUGCGUACAUAACUGCGAUGGUCUUUCUCGUGUCAAGAAACUUGUCUUUAUCAAGUUAAGUUAAAAGGUUCGAAAUAAUGGUCACUGUUAAGGAAUUCUCAUAUCCAUCGUACUGAGCAAUAGCUUCAUUUCUUUGAAAGGCCUAGUAUUAGCGAUCAUGAACAAUAACUAAUUAUGAAAACCAGCUUUAAGAUAGAAUUGAUGUCUAUGUCAGCGAUCUCCGUCCCACCCAUAACUGGGGAUGGAUACGACUACAGAAGUGUCGUCUCUAAAUGUUUGGUUCAGUCACUGAACCUUUAUUUCCAGCCAUGAAAGAUUUUGUUUCGAUGGUAUGGAAACCAGCCUUUUUUGAUAUGACAAAGUGUGUGUAUACACCAACGGGUUUGUAUUUGCGUGCGCAAUGUGACGAGUUUCAAAGAUGUGGUUAGUGGAGGAAAUGCAGGGCUUAGUUCAGUUUAUAAAAUUUCUAAGAUAGUACGCGCGUUGUGAUUGGUUAAAAACCUAUGAUUUAUUGUGCCGGUAAACUCAUAGAAAACUCCGUUUUACUUUAAGUUAUUUUAUCGAAGCCUUCUGCUUCGGCUCGUGAUUUACAUGCUUUUCUCGUGUUCUCCCAACAUCCCGCGUGGGUUAUCACGCCGGUAAACCCAUAGAAAUUGUGGUCUAUUGCUUAAGCACGAAAGCCAAAUAACGCUGAAUAGUGAACGAAUAUUAAGAAACGGUCCAGAUGAUAACGAUAGCACUGAACGACAACGAACAUGUUCGAAUGCAAAAAAGGUGCUAACUUUUCUAUUGUCUGUACUUACUUCUGAUUGGCUUAAACAGCAAAAGUUAACAAAACUUCAUAAAAGCAGUACAUAUAUUCAUCCUUACUUUCCAACCGUCUUCCAUAUAACAAAAUCUGGUCUCAGUUUGAAUAACAAAGAUAUCCUAUGUGGGGAACAUGUAAAAUUGUAAACUUUUCUUGGCUAUUGUUUUCAACUCUUGUGAUUGGUCAAAAUCUUUUAAAAACACCCUUUCAAAGUGGUGUGUAAAUGUAUUUUAUUGCGCAAACGGCCUUCAUGAAGGUUUAUGCAUUCUCUGUGUAAAAAUGAGAACAUUCCUAUGUGGGGAAAGCACUGUUGCCGCAUAACAAAAGAAAUUGCUAUCCACCUUACCCGGAUCAUUACUUAAUCGGAUUUCUUUCUUACUUUGAUAUAGCAUGAGCUGCGAGUUUAAUGAGCGGCUUCAAACACGUUCCUGUAGUCUCCUGUUGUUACAAUAUUUUGUCGGAACAAGAAUCUGUUUUUAUUUUCCUCGGUAAUUUUAAGUGAGUUUUUGAAUUUAUCUGCAGGAUCUUGACAGGAAACCGAGUAACUCUAGUAACUCUGGAAAAGCUGGCUCCACUCCUAGGAAGUCCAUUCCAUCAAGUAACAGGAAAUCGGUAUGUAUGAUAUCAUUUCCAUCUGUUUUUGUAACUAAUGCCCCAUUCACACAAACUAAACGUGUUCAAAGAGACACUACACAGAAUAAUGACCUUACGAUGCCUCGGUAUAGGCUGGCCACUGGCCAAAAGACUUUCACCUACCGUGGAGCAAAACUGUACAAUAGUAUAGCUAAAGAUAUAAGAGACAAACGUUUUUAAAACGAGAAUUUUUAAUAUCUUUUUGAUUCAUGGAUAGUUUUUUAUUAUUGAAAUGUUAAUAGUCUUUAAAAUUAAUGUUUUAUUAUUAUCAUUAUUAUUAAAAGAAAUUCGUUAUUUUAUCAUCGAAAUGCAAAUAGUUUUCUAGUUUAUCUUAUUUUAUCUUAUUUUAUUCGUGUAUGUAUGGCGGAAGAGCCCCCAAGGGGGAGCUAUGCAAUAAAGUGUGUAUGUUUAUGUAUGUAAUUAAACCUUUAAAAAGACGAAAAACAGACACGGAAAACUGGGAACACAGGGUUUCACACAGGAUUCAAAUGAAAUUGAACACGUUUUGUGAUUUGCACUAAAUUUGCAAUCACUUAAAGUUAGUUAGCAGCUUUUAUGAAGGAAAGAAAAUUCAGACCGUGUUUAACUAAACAGCUUUUAAACAUGUUUCAGCUUCGGUGUGAAUGGGGCUUAAGUCAUAUCUCCUCCCAUAUCUUUGGCUUUCUUCGUCAUAUAAGCUCCCCGAGGUUCGAACUCAGUCUCCACUCCUGCAAGUGUGAUAAAAAUCAUCACCAAGGAAUUCACAGCACAAAUGCUUUUUCGUCAACUUCGAAAAUACAAAUGCAAAUGCAAAUGUAUGUGUACAUGGUGUACAAGUACAAUGUAGUAACUUGUGAGGACGCCUUUUAGACGCAAAACACGGCGCGAAACCCCAACACAAGAGCCUGCUCGCAGAUUAUUUAUUUAACACGGCAAUUUAUCCAAUUAUGUUUCUAAUCUGUUUAUUGGCUCGUAGUCAAAUCAGACCCCCUCUCGCCGAGGAAACACAACCAAUCAAAUGAUGCCUUCAUCACCCGGUGCCCGUGAUGCCCACAGCCCAUCCAGAGCACGUGACUCGCCAUCCAGCAGUAAUAGGUCGGUGCCAGGCUACAUGCAACCAACAAAAAGCUCGGUAGCGUCAAAGGGGCCUGGAACCCCAAGAAGUAGGAAGGUAUCGGACAAGAAAAGAUGAUGUAGGCGGAAAUUCAAUAGAGAAUAUUUUUUGUGAUUCAGACAAUAAUUUUUUUACUUUACAAUUUAAGAAUUCAUUGUAUAAAUGUUAAGAGCAGUUAGCCAUUUUAUUGGCUUCCAGUUGCGCUCUUUUUCACACUCCCAGAUCCCAAGUUCAACGUCAACGGUCUCACAGCCGUACUUUAUGUCAGCCUUCGACAAUUUUAAGGUCGAAUGACGGAGUGUUCUCUCUUGAUAACGAUGGUUAAUUCCCUCAAUGGCAGACACCUUACCUUGGGCGCCUGAUUUGUUGUCUCCAAUAGUUUCAGUCAGAAGUAGUGGCAGUUACUUGCAGUAAUUUGUAUUCAUUUCUAUGCGCAAUUUUUCAGCAAGGUUUCUGCAUCAAGGAGGGGGUUGGCCAUAAAGGGUUUAGAAUUUUUAGAGAUCAGAAAUUUAAGGUGUAUGUUGGAUGAUAUCGCAAGGGAAUCAGACUUUGGAGAUUUCUACAGUUUUUUCUGGUCCUGUAGAGAUAAUAAUAUUUCAUUUUCUUUCACUGUGCUCCUUUCCUUUUCGAUUUAUUCAACCCUUUCAAUCUCAAGAGUUUCCACAGUCAUAACGAUUUGCAAAAACAGUUCCAAAGUUUGUUUUGGAAAAAGCUAAGAAACGAAUGAUACCUUGUGAUAGCACUCUCCAAGAGGUUUCCUUUGAAUGGUUGCAUCAAGGAAAGUAAAACCGUUCAACGAUUGUGUCUCCAUAGUUGACGGUUUGAGCUAAGGGUUAAUAAAUAGUGCUAAGGCUAUGCGUAUUCCUCAAAUUCUGUGUAAAUUGUUAGACUACAGUCCACACUUUGAAAGUAAACGUGGUAGUGGAAAUAUUAUAUAUACGGUGGCGGGUCCAGACCUUCAGAUAAGGU